AUGGGUGAAAAGCGAGGACGUGACACGAAAGGGCAGGCGCAGGAGUCCAAGAAGCGCAAGAAGGGAGGCAAAGCCGACCCUGCUUCCGACGAUGGUUGGGAUGGCCUCGCCGGUAUUGAAGACCUCAACUGGAAGGAAGUAACUCUUCCCGAUCGAAUGGAAGAUGCCGAAGGAUUCUUUGGUCUAGAGGAAAUUGACGGGGUUGAUGUGAUCAAAAUUGAAGGUUCGGCAGGUGUGCAGUUCAAGGCCAAGUCGGGAAAACCCAGGAAGUCGAUUUUGAAAGCACCGUCCUCCGACGAUGACGGCGAGGAAUGGUCCGGCUUCAGUGACGGGGAGUCCGAAAAGCCUGCUGCUCCAGCCGCUGAUAAGCAGGAACCGAAGGACAAAAAAGCGAAGAACAAGAAGGACGCCACCAAGGGGGAUAAUAAGAAGGAUUCUCAAGAUUCCAACAAGAAGGAUUCCAAGGAGCCAAACAAAAAGGAGAAGAAGAGCAAGGACAAUAAAAAAGACGCCGAAAACAAGAAGGUUUCCCCCAAAGAACCUAAUCUGAAGUCCAGUCUCUCCUUCGCAGCGCUUGAAGAGACAGAAGAUGAUGAUGGCGUGGAUGUAUCAGAGUGGGAGAAUCUUGGUCUGGCCCCCGAGAUUCUUACCGGUCUCUCCAAGAUGAAAUUCGGUACACCCACUGCUGUGCAACAGUCUUGUAUCCCGGCCAUUCUCGACGGACAUGAUGUCGUUGGAAAGGCAUCGACUGGUUCUGGAAAAACACUGGCCUUUGGUGUUCCGAUUCUUGAUCACUAUCUUGGAAAGAGAUCGAAGAAAGUGGAACGUGAUGAUAAAAUCAGCUCUCCCCCCAUAGCGCUCAUUUUGUCACCUACACGUGAACUGGCACAUCAAUUGGCGAAGCAUAUCGGAGAUCUGAUCUCGAAUUCCCCCGACACUGACGCGCGCAUCGCUUUGUUAACUGGCGGUCUAUCUAUCCAAAAGCAGCAGCGCCAGCUUGCUAAUGCCGACAUUGUUAUCGGUACACCUGGUCGUGUCUGGGAAAUCCUCAGCAAGGGAUCCGGAUUGAUUCGCAAGAUGCAGAAGAUUCAGUUCCUGGUUGUUGACGAAGCCGAUCGCCUCCUCAGCGAGGGCCACUUCAAGGAAGUUGAAGAGAUCCUCGUCGCUUUGGACAAGCCAGACCAUGGGGCCUUGCCCGAUAUGGAUGAGGAGGCUCAGGUCGAGGAGGAGCCUGCUUCACGACAGACUCUGGUCUUCUCGGCUACCUUCCAUCGUGAUUUGCAGCAGAAGCUUGCUGGAAAGAGCCGUUGGACUAGUGGUGAUAUGAUGGAUAACAAUGAAUCAAUGGAGUAUCUUCUCAAGAAGCUCAACUUCCGCGAAGAGAAGCCUAAGUUCAUUGAUCUCAAUCCCACGAAACAGAUGGCAGAACGUUUAAAGGAGGGAAUCAUCGAGUGCCCUGCAAUGGAGAAGGAUCUCUACCUUUACUCGCUCCUACUCUAUCACCCCAAACACCGAACCCUUAUUUUCACCAACUCUAUCUCCGCCGUCCGACGCGUCACUCAGUUGCUACAGAACCUCCAACUUCCUGCUCUCGCUCUCCACUCUUCCAUGAUACAAAAGGCCCGACUGCGCUCUGUUGAACGCUUUUCUUCGCCAACGGCCGACCCCAGCUCUAUUCUUGUCGCCACAGAUGUCGCUGCUCGAGGUCUCGAUAUUAAGGGCAUCGACUGCGUCGUCCAUUACCACGCCCCACGAGCCGCCGAUGCAUACGUGCACCGAUCCGGUCGUACCGCUCGUGCCGGUGCAUCGGGCAAGAGUAUUAUCAUUUGUUCGCCGGACGAAGUGGUUAGCGUGGCCCGCCUGGCUGCAAAGGUUCACCAUAAAAGGACCGGCGAACUCAAUGCGAAAAAGCUUCCACUGGAAUCGCUCGAUAUCGAUCGUCGUGUCGUCCAACGCGUCCGCCAACGCAUAACUAUUGCUCAGAAGAUUACCGAUGCUAACAUCGCCAAAGAGAAGAUCUCUUCCGAGGAUAACUGGCUUCGCGCAGCUGCUGAUGACCUUGGUGUUGAAUACGACUCUGAUGAAUUUGACGAGUCGAAAGGAAAGGGUCGUGGUCGUGGAGGUGGCCGUCAUCAGCGUGACAAGAAAAACAGCGAAACCACCAAGGGUGAACUGGCCGGGCUUCGUGCAGAGUUGAGAGAACAACUUUCGCAGAGGAUUAAUAUCGGUGUGAGUGAGCGAUACUUGACGGCUGGGCGGGUUGAUAUUGAGGCUCUCAUCCGUGGCGAGGGCAACAGUUCGUUCCUGGGACACCUUGAUCCUUUGAACUUCUAG